CACAAACAUGUUGGCGUUUAUUAAUUUUUUUGUGGUUACUCUUGUUGCUGUAUUUACCUUGGCCAAUGCUCAAUGCGCUAGUAACUUGGGCACAUGCUACAGUUCACUUGCAGGAAGAGACUUUUCUGGCUGGUACCAAGAAUGUUCAGACAAGAUUCAAAAUCAAGGUCUUAAAGCUGGUACCUGGAAGGCUACUGUUGGUAACUGGGAUUCUGGAGGACAAGGCUGUGAAUGUAUAUACACCUCAUCAGUUCCUGGCGCAUGGCAAAUUGCUAGAAGAUCACUUUGGGAUAAAGUAAUUGACAAGAAGCAUGAAUGUAACAAUUCGAUAUACUACAAUGUCUGUAAAUUUGGCGAUGGUCAAGUGAAUUAUAGCUUCAAAUGUCGAUAAGCAGUUAUUUCCCUAAAUCAUCCUUUCUUUAAUAAACACAGAC